GUUAAAAUCGUUAUUAAUCAUACUUGCGUAAAUGAUAUGAUAUGUGUUCUACACGCCGUCCGACCGCCGGUUAUUGAUAAAACAUAAUAUUAUGUUAUUUAAACGGAUCGCGUAAUAUUAUUAAUACUAUUCUAUUCUCGAUCGAAGUAAUUUAGGCGGACCGUACCUAUAGUAUAUUGCUACAGUGCGCGUACGAACGUCAGACCACAUCCUCAUCGAUAGCAACCCACCCGUAUAUACAUACCUAUACUAUAUCGUACAGAUUCAUUGUACGCCGAUGAUCAUCAAUCUUCCCGAGUCUUGUAACUUUGAUCGGUAUCGAUCGCCACCGUCGCCACCGUAACGUAUCGUCGUCGUAUAGAGCCCUGCGAAUCCAGUCGUCUCGAUCGGCGUGCAGCUGGUCUACUACGGAGGUGCACCGACGGAUUGAAAAAUUACACAAACGCUGUAGACAGAGCGAUCGACAGAGACUUGAACGCACGAGUCUCAAUCAUGAGAAACCUGUUCAGCAUGCUCGGUAUGUCGUACACGCCUUCCAAAGGCGACGGACGGCGUGCUAGCUACAGCGCUGUUCCCGCCGACCAUAGGAGACGUUCGUCAGCGGCCCGGCGUCACAGUUAUGGAGCUAACAGACGAAAGAGCUUGGACCCGGCUGCGGUUCUCGGCCGACACUUGUUCGACGGCCGCCUCGCCGAUCCCCGGACAAGACAUCCAUGUUUGAUAUCGUUGAUGCUAAUUGGCAUUUCCGCGCUCGUUUUGGGUACGCUAAUUGCCAUAUUCGAUCCAUUUCAACUAAUACUCAAAUGGAAACUCGUAAUGAGCAAAGGUGACGAAACGUUUGAGAUGUGGAAAUCACCAGAAGCAGAAGUUUACUUAAAGGUAUUCAUAUUCAACAUAACGAACCAUGAAGAUUUCUUGGCCGGUAAAGAUGAAAAAUUGCGGUUUAAAGAAGUUGGCCCAUAUGUCUAUAGGGAAAAUUCGGAACAUAAAAAUGUAACGUUUAAUAAUAACGAUACGCUAACAAUGACGCCUGUAUUUCCAUUGACGUGGGUGCCGAAAAUGAAUACUGGUAGAGAAGACGACGUGUUGAUAUUACCAAACAUCGCCCUCCUGAGUUUUGCCAGUGUGAUGUCAGAAGCCUCUUUGAUCACCAGAAUGGGUGUCAAUCUACUUAUUCGCCAAACGAAGUCUAAACCAUUUAUCAGACAAACAGCUAAGGAGUUCAUGUUCGGUUAUGAGAGUGCAUUAGUGACUAUAGGCAACAAAUUCUUGCCAUCCUGGAUUGCGUUUGACAAGCUGGGCCUUAUAGACAGAAUGUACGACUUCACCGGUGACAGCGCAACAAUAUACACUGGCAAAAGUGACGUGUCUAAGUCUGGAAUCAUUGAAAACUACAACAGAAAACCGUAUCUGCCUCAAUGGCCAUCGUCGCCUUGCAACAAAGUAACGGGUGCUUCGGAUGGUACCAAGUUUCCAUCAGAGUCAGAAAAUGGCACAGAAUUAAUGUUCUUCAGGAAGUCUCUAUGCAGGGCAAUUCCGAUGGUGAAAGCGAGUGAGCUUAUGAUACACGACGGUUUGCCGGUGUACAAAUAUAUUUUCGAAAACGGAUCAUUGGACAACGGAGCUGAAAAUCCCAAAAAUAAGUGUUUUUGCCGUAAAAAUAAAUGUUUGAAACCAGGAUUGAUCGAUGUCACCGACUGUUAUUAUGGUUUUCCUAUCGCAUUAUCUUACCCUCAUUUUUACAAGACCGAUCAAUCGAUAUUAGACGCCAUCGACGGAAUGGCUCCCAAUGAAAAACUACACGAAACCUAUUUUCUUAUCAACCCGAAAACGGGUAUGCCUACACAACUUUACGUCAGAAUGCAAAUUAACCUUGCUCUAGGUGACAUAUCGGACAUGGCAAACACGGAACAUUGCAGUAACUUAGUUAUACCAUUAGUUUGGACAGAGAUUGGAUUCGAAGUCUCGACCACAUGCGACCAGUUUUCUGUGUACCUUCUCGCGUCAGGCCGGUGCUUGUUCGCAAAUGCCAAGCGCGCUGCUGGCGGUGGCGUGGCGUUCAUGCGCUCACCGUGA